ACGCUGUCAAUUGGUGUUCAGGGGCGAAGUGCUUGGUGAUAUUCCUCUACAUGGCAACUUAUGCCCAGUAGAUCUGAAAUUCAUUCACCCAGACUCACAGCCACUCACUCGCGCCUUGCCUAACGAGAUGACGGCCUUUGCACGUAUUCCACUGACCUGGGAUCUCUGGCACGCUCGCCUCGGUCACAUCGGUGGGGAAGCAGUCAAGAGAGUACCUCUCAUUGCCACAGGUGUAAAGGUCGAAACGAGCACGCCUCUUCAACGCUGUGAACCCUGCAUAGUCGCCAAACACCCUCGCAAACCUUUCCCCUCCUCUGAAGAGCCUCGUGCUGCUCAUCCACUGGACCUGGUGCACUCAGACCUAUGCGGACCAUUCCCAGUGGUCACGCCGCACGGAAAAUACCAUUUUAUUAUCUUCCUCGACGACCACUCAAAUCUUCAUUGA